AUGCCUCCCGCCACUCGUCAUAGUCGCCGGUUACGUAAUAGGGUCGACACUGCACCUUCAUCGUCGUCAUUGCCUUUUUCACAGCCGUCCCUAUCCUCAAUCGCAAAUCCAAACAUACACAGCACAACACCACCAACAACAUCAUCAUCAUCACCACCAUCAUCAUCAUCGCCGCCAUCUUCAUCAUCAGUUACAAAUUCACAUCCACAUCAAAAUCCACGCCUUAUCGUCACAUCCCAUGAAACACAGACCAUUGAGAAUAGUACACGGGAGAACCAAAUUGUACUGGAAGCUCUUGCCAGUAAAUACGCUAUUCGACCCAAAGGCACAACACUUGUAUAUGCCCCUAAGCAAAAGUGGUAUAAGCAAUGGUGCAUGGAAAGAGAUUACGAAGAUGGUUACAUUGUGACCGAAGGGAAGUUACUGCGUUUUCUGGACGAGUGUGUUAUCCCUAAAGGCAAUAGGAAGAAAAAUUUACAACACGAUGGCAGCCCUCAUCCACUAAGUGAUUCAACAAUCGACCAAUACAUCAAUGCAAUUGUCGAUCUUUACUCCAGCCAAGUCUCCAAACGCCAAAACAUUCAUCCUCAUCCCCGUGGAACAGCGCUCAAACAUUGGAAAAGAAGAAGGGCAUAUGAACAACGAGCGCUCAGGCGUAAGAUGAAAGUGGAUCGUGGCAUUGGUGGCAUCAACGAUGGAUACACGGGUGAUGAGAUGCUUAAGGUGGUCGACUACUUUUUGAUUAAUGGUGCGGAGCACGACCUUCGAGAACGCAUGACUUUCCUUUUCAAUCAUUUACUCCUCCUUCGUGGUGAGGACACUCGAGCCUUAGAGCUGGCCGAUAUUUUUACUCUUGAUUUUGACAAUGAAGGACCCACGGAGUGUCCUGGGCUGGUGUUGCAAUUCGAUGCAGGAAAAACCAAUCAAAAGCACAUCAAACAAUACGUUGCCGCUAUUCGCCAUAAUAACGUCCGUACAUGUGCCAUCGGUGCACUUGCUAUGUAUUUUUUUCAACGAUUUCAAAAGAACGGUGAGCCGUUCCCCAACUUUGAGAACAAUAAUUGGUUUGAUAUAAAAGUUUGCAAAGGACACAACCGCUUGAAAGAAAUCAGUUACGACGCACAACGCACAGCCAUCACCAACGCGUUCAAUCAUUGCCAUAUCCAUAGUCGCCACAAAACACAUGCUGGGAGAGGUUCAGGUGCAAGGUACGCUGAAGCAUCAGGCGCAACGGAGGAUCAAGUGAGGAAACAUGGCCGCUGGCAGCAAGACUGCUUACAAAAGCACUAUCUUACGGGUUUGCCGAAGCGAGUAAUAAGGACAAUGAACGGUUUCCCCGCUGACGGUCAACAAUUCUAUCUCAAACGUGCCUGUGUCUCUCCUAGUGAAUCAUUGCAACGAAAGAUUUUCCCCGAUGUUGAAUACUGGUUGGAUCGUGUGGAACGUGGUGAUGGAUGCCCGCAAACCAUUUGCGCCCAAGGUUUUUUGAUUUUGUUACAAAAGUUACGUUUGGUAUUUCUUCAAGAUGUUGUCAUGUUGCGCACGUUUCCCGGUUUGCAGUGUUCGCCUCUUUUCACUCAUCAACUAUUUCACGAUCCCGAUUUUCUUGAAUUCGAACAACAACUUCUCCAUACAUCAUCCACUGAACAAGAUCCCGAACAACUACAGCUACAAAGUGUGGUCCCUAUAAUCAACAACCAGCUGACAUCGAUGCAUGCCAAGGUGGAUGCUAACCAAGCCGCUCUUUUGAAAGAACUAAAAAAAAUGAGUCAAGAGAAUACAACAGCCCAUUUGGAACAACAGAUCAAGCAUGUAAUCAAGGGCAUCUUUCGUGGGUUAUCUGGUGAACAAAACUACGAUCGAGUUGAGAUGGAUGUCGACGACAGCAGGGAUAUGGAUGUCGACGACGACAACAGGAACACAACACAUACACCACAAAAUGAUUCAAGCUAUGUUCUUAGUCGCACCAUAACUACGGUACACGAAUUAUGGAAAGAAUGGGAUGAAGGUUUGUACCGAGGCACCCCAGCAGUAAGAGAUCUAGAAGAACGGUAUCAGGCAUCAUGGCGAAGCAGUGUGAAAGAACGAAAAUUCUUCAGCAAAAGGAAGAAAAUUAUCGAUACUAUCUACCAUAUUCAACAAACAGAGCAUGUUUCAAUAACUGAAGCUGUGAAUCGCCUGGAAGAACGACGAGGAAGUUGGAGCCUAGAUCGAUUAUGGAAGGAACUAAGCAAGCAGCCUGGCCCUACCGAAAGAUGA